CAGAACCAGAACCAGAACCUCCUCCAGCAGCUCCGAGAUGCAGCAGAACUCUGUCCCAGCGGAGCAGCGACUCCAAGUUACCAUGAGCCGAACCGGGUCCGGUCCCCGCUGAGGUCCCUCCCGUCCCCGACCCCCCCGGACCAUGGAGCCCCUGAGCGGGUCCGUGAACGCAGCAGUGCCCCAGGCCGAGGCGGACCCGUUCAGCGGACCGGUCCCGAACAUCUCGCCCUGGAACUUCACGGUCCUGGCGGUGCUGAUGUUCGUGGUGACGUCACUGUCCCUGACGGAGAACUUCCUGGUCAUGUUCGUCACCUUCAGGUUCAAGCAGCUCCGGCAGCCCCUCAAUUACGUCAUCGUGAACCUGGCCCUGGCGGACUUCCUGGUGUCCCUGUCCGGGGGUCUCAUCAGCUUCCUGACCAACGCCAGGGGCUUCUUCUUCCUGGGCCAGUGGGCCUGCGUCCUGGAGGGCUUCGCUGUCACCUUCUUCGGGAUCGUGGCUCUUUGGUCUCUGGCUGUUCUGUCCUUCGAGCGGUUCUUCGUYAUCUGUCGGCCUUUAGGGAACAUCCGGCUGCAGUCCAAGCACGCCGUGCUGGGCCUGAUCUUUGUUUGGACCUUCUCCUUCAUCUGGACCUUCCCCCCGGUGCUGGGCUGGAACAGAUACACCGUGAGCAAGAUCGGGACCACCUGUGAGCCAGACUGGUAUUCCACCAACAUCACAGACCACAGCUACAUCAUCACCUUCUUUGUCACCUGCUUCAUUUUGCCGCUCGGAGUGAUUUUCUUCUGUUACGGGAAGCUCCUGAGGAAGCUCCGAAAGGUGUCUCACGGCCGCCUUGCGACAGCCAGGAAGCCCGAGCGGCAGGUGACCCGUAUGGUGGUGGUGAUGAUCGUGGCCUUCAUGGUGGGCUGGACGCCAUACGCAGCCUUCUCCAUACUGGUCACAGCUCAUCCAACCGUCCAACUGGACCCCCGGCUGGCCGCCAUUCCUGCUUUUUUCUCCAAGACGGCUGCUGUCUACAACCCAAUCAUUUACGUCUUCAUGAACAAACAGGUGACAAACAGAGGACGGACCAGAUGUGAGCUCGUUCAGACAGCAGGGCUGUUGGAUGCAGCCGUCAAUAUUUACAUGAGCUAGAGACCGGCGCAGGAGAUGCACUGAUUCAGCCAAAACAGCAGUUAGCAGAAACAUUUAGCCUUAAACAGCUAGUGGAGGGAAUGUUAGCUUUAAACAAUAGUUAGCGAGCAGAGUUAGCUUUAAACGGUAGUUAGUGAGCGGUGUUAGCUUUAAACGGUAGUUAGCGAGCAGAGUUAGCUUUAAACGGUAGUUAGUGAGCGGUGUUAGCUUUAAACGGUAGUUAGUGAGCAGCGUUAGCUUGAAAUCUUCGUCAUCAGCUGGUUUAUCUGAAGCGCAGGGUUUGAUCCAGUCUCUGUUGUUACACAACACGUUUCAGGGGUUUCUGUGAUGCACGACUAAUAAAAUCUGUAGAUUUAGUGAGAGAAGUGCCUGCAGGGGUCUCAYAGGUCAGAAGUCUUUUAACAUAAUAUAAAGUAUUUAUGUAUCACUUCCUGUUUCCUUUAAUCUGUCAGUGUCACUUUCUCAGAGAUCUGUAGGUGUUCAGUAAUAAUUUA